AUGUCGUGUCAAGACCUGGGGACCGAUUCUGGAGAAAGAUCUGCAUCUGAUGAGCUGAGGAUUGUGCUGGUUGGUAAGACUGGAGCAGGAAAGAGUGCAACAGGAAACACCAUCCUGGGGAGAGAGGCAUUUACAGCAGGAUUCUCCCCAGAGUCAAUAACAAAGCAUUGUGAAAAACAGGCUGCAGAGUGUGGAGGCAGAAGCAUUGCUGUGAUUGACGCCCCAGGUAUCUUUGACACAUCAAUGACCGAAGAAGAGGUGAAAAUGAAAAUAGAGGAAUGUGUCCGCUUAUCUGUCCCAGGACCACAUGCGUUUCUGCUGGUCAUCAGGCUGGGGAGAUUCACGCAGGAGGAAAGGGCCUCUGUGGAGUGGAUCAAGAGGAAUUUCGGAGAGGGGGCAGCGAAGUACACAAUGCUGCUGUUCACAGGAGGAGAUCAGCUGGAACAACCAGUGGAAGAGUUUCUCAGGCAAAGUAGUGAACUUUGUAGUCUCAUAGAGAACUUUGCAUACCAUGUCUUCAACAACAGAGAGAAGAGCAACAUUCUCAGGGACACUCAGGUUCUAGAGCUGCUGAAUAAGAUACAGGCAAUGGUAGAGAGAAAUGGAGGACAGUAUUACACUAAUGAAAUGUACCAGGAAGUGCAGAGAGAGAUCAGAGAAGAGGAAGAGAGACAGAGACAGGAGGAGGAAGUAAAGAGGCAGGAAGAGAGAAGGAGGAUCAGAGAAGACAAAAGAGUGAGACUCAGACAGGUGAAUGACACAGGAGUCACACUGAUUGAGCACGUCUGCAAGGACGAAGAAACACCACCCUAG